CACGCUUGUGCAGUGACACUUGCUUUUAUGGAGACUUGUGUUGAUCCUGUGUUCAUCUUGGAGAAAUCAGUACGAGACAGGUUUUCUGUCCCCCUGACUCAAAAUAUUCUGGACUGGUUUCUGUCUUCCUCGUUACUUCAUGUAUGUUGUGGAAUACAUUGGAACUGUACUCCUGCUCACCAAAUCACACUCCACACUUUGCCCAGUGCAGUUCUCUUGCCUCUCUACAGGAUCACUGCUACUAUGAUGGUCGCAUCCAGAAUGAUACUGGCUCGACUGCAAGCAUCAGCGCGUGCCAUGGCUUGAAAGGGUAUUUCAAGAGCGAUGGUGAGAAGUAUCUUAUUGAACCCUUGAAGCUCUCAGACAGUGAAGCCCAUGCAGUCUUCAAAUAUGAAAGUCUAGAAAAAGAGGAUGAAACCCCCAAAAUUUGCGGGGUAACCAACACUACUUGGGAAUCAGAUGACCCCAUCAAAAGGACCUCUCGGAUAAGCACAAGUGCUGAAAAACAGGAAUAUUUGAAGGCCAAAAAGUAUGUUGAACUUUACAUAGCUGUAGACCACACAGUGGUAAGUAUCCUAGAUAUCAUUCUAUUUUCUUUCUGCAUUGAGCACAAAAAUUUGUUUAAACAGGAAUAUUUGAAGGCCAAAAAGUAUGUUGAACUUUACAUAGCUGUAGACCACACAGUGUUCAGGAAGUACAGCCGCAACAUGACUGGAGUAAAGACGAGAGUAUUUGAAAUAGUCAACUAUUUAAAUGUGGCUUACAAAGCUUUACGUAUUCACAUAGCAUUAACUGGGCUAGAAAUUUGGUCCGACAGAGAUAAGAUAGUGGUGGAUUCAUUUGCCAACAUCACUUUGCGUCGCUUUUCAGAGUGGAGGCAGUCAGUUCUGCUGAAGCGCAAAAGGAAUGAUAAUGCUCAAUUGCUCACGGAUAUUGACUUCACUGGACCAGUUAUAGGAUUGGCUUACGUGGGAACCAUGUGCAGUCCUAGCCAUUCGGUGGGAGUUGUUCAGGAUCACUACACCAGCCCAAUUGCUAUUGGGGCUAUAAUGGCCCAUGAGAUGGGUCAUAAUUUUGGCAUGAAUCAUGACAAAAGCUUCUGUACCUGCAGGUCUGACUCUUGCAUUAUGGCUGCAGAGCUCAGGUAAGGGUUCUGGAGGUUUCAGGAAAAUGUUAAUGUCUUUCAGAUAAAGUUAUUUUUAAAUGGUUGCAAUUCAUUGUUAAGUAUGCUGAGAGCUUACACAAAUGAAAUGAUCAGGGAGUUACAGAAGAGUGGUGACUGUAAAAAUGAGUGCUGCGAAGCUGCAACUUGUAAGCUAAAACCUGGUGCAAAGUGUGGAUAUGGCCAGUGUUGUGAGAAUUGCCAG